AUGUUUAAUGGCUUGGAAAUGGAGAUAGCUUUGGUGAGUUUUGAAAAGCGCGGAGAUGGAGGCAGUGACGGGGAAAGCUACCAGAACCAAAACUCACUGGAUCAUCCGCGACUGGUCCACAACAAAGAAGUGUACCCGAGAAGUCCACAGCAGAGCUCGUGGAAAAUGAACGACAUGAACAGCACGAUCAUGGGCUCCACCGAGAACACGGUGGAUUAUUACAGUCCCCAUUUGUUUGAUGAGGACAUCCUGGACAUGGAUUUGGACCACGAGAACAACGAGCGAGUUCUGAUCAACAUCGCCGGACUGAGGUUCGAGACCCAGCUGGGCACUUUGAACCAGUUUCCCGACACCUUACUGGGAGAUCCAGACAAGAGGAUAAAGUAUUUCGACCCUCUCAGGAACGAGUAUUUCUUUGAUCGCAACAGACCGAGUUUUGACGGGAUUCUCUAUUUCUAUCAGUCUGGCGGCAAAAUCCGCCGACCUGUUAACGUGUCUAUUGACGUGUUCGCCGACGAAAUCCGCUUUUACCAGCUGGGAGAGGAGGCGAUGGACCGUUUCCGUGAGGAUGAGGGUUUUAUCAAGGAGGAGGAGAAGCCGUUGCCUCAGAAUGAGUUUCAGAAACAGGUAUGGCUCAUUUUUGAGUACCCCGAAAGUUCUAGUCCCGCGCGAGGCAUCGCUAUCGUCUCCGUCAUUGUCAUCACCAUCUCCAUCAUCACUUUCUGUUUGGAAACUUUACCCGAGUUUCGCGACGAGCGGGAACUUCCGGUGACCAGCCGCGCGGUUAACGGCACUCAGGAGCGCCCGUCGCUCACCUUCACUGACCCCUUCUUUAUUAUCGAAACCACCUGCGUGAUUUGGUUCACCUUCGAGCUCUUCGUGCGCUUCUUCGCCUGUCCCAGUAAGUCCGAGUUCUCCAAAACCAUCAUGAACAUCAUCGACAUCAUGUCCAUUAUGCCUUACUUCAUCACUGUGGGCACUGAGCUGGCGGAGCAGCAGGGCCAGGAGCACAAUAAUGGCCAGCAGGCCAUGUCACUAGCCAUACUGCGGGUCAUCCGUUUAGUCCGGGUGUUUCGUAUUUUUAAGCUCUCCAGACACUCCAAAGGGCUUCAGAUCUUGGGUCAGACUCUGAAAGCCAGCAUGCGGGAGCUGGGCCUCUUGAUCUUCUUUCUGUUCAUCGGUGUUAUUCUGUUCUCCAGCGCCGUCUUCUUCGCUGAGGCGGACGAACCCGAGUCGCACUUCUCAAGCAUCCCUGAUGCCUUCUGGUGGGCUGUGGUUACCAUGACAACCGUCGGGUAUGGAGACAUGAGGCCGGUGACUGUGGGGGGGAAAAUAGUAGGCUCUCUCUGUGCCAUCGCCGGGGUUUUGACCAUCGCGCUACCGGUGCCGGUCAUUGUGUCUAACUUCAAUUAUUUCUACCACAGAGAAACUGAUCAAGAUCAGGCGUCUCUCAGAGACGAACCCAACAACGGCGGCACCUCAAACCAGUGUGAUGAUCUUCAUGGCUUGCGGAAAUCAUCUAAAGACGUCGAACACAACGAGGACUCAAACAUGCCUGUCGAGAAGAGCAACACGAAAGCUAACAGCAGAAUGGAUAUUAAACGCUCCCUCUAUACGUUUUGUUUGGACACCAGAGAAACGGACCUCUAG